AAAACAUCGUGAAAUUAGUUCAAAGUUCUCCGAAAUUAUUAACAAUGUCUUUAAAUAAUAUUGAGUACGACAAGGAACAUCCACGAAUUUUAAUUCCCGAAUUAUGUAAACAAUUUUACGAUUUAGGAUGGGUCACUGGUACUGGUGGUGGAAUAUCUAUUAAAUACAAAGAAAAAAUUUAUAUUGCUCCAUCUGGUGUACAAAAAGAACGCAUUUGUCCAGAUGAAAUGUUUGUACAAGAUAUCAGUGGAAAUGACUUAGAAUUACCACUAGAACAGAAAAAAUUAAAAAAAUCUCAAUGCACUCCAUUAUUUAUGUGUGCAUAUAGAAGAAGAAAUGCUGGUGCUGUAAUCCAUACCCAUUCCAAAUUUGCAGUAAUGGUGACAUUACAUUGGCCUGGGAAUGAAUUUCGUGUUACUCAUCUUGAAAUGAUAAAAGGUAUAAAAAAUCAAAAAUUAGGAAGGGCAUAUAAUUAUAAUGAAGAAUUAAUAGUGCCAAUAAUAGAAAAUACUCCAUUUGAGGAGGAUUUAAAGGAUGAAUUGGAUAGAACAAUAGUUGCCUAUCCAGAAACUUGUGCUGUAUUAGUAAGAAGACAUGGUGUUUAUGUCUGGGGUGAUACAUGGCAACAAGCAAAAACUAUGACGGAAUGUUAUGAUUAUCUAUUUGACAUAGCCCUACAAAUGAAACUGAGUGGAUUAGAUCCAGCUGCAGUCCCAGAAAAUAAUAUAUCAUAA